UUAACUAGCAGUGGGGACAGGGCACAAGCUGCUGAGGGUGGCUGACGGGAGACAGUAGAAUCAGGCCUCAGACUGGGGGGCGGGCGUUUUCCCGCUGCGCACACCGAGCUGCCUCAGGAGAGGUGGCCCGAAGCCCGCCGCGGGGGGAGCCGGAGGCGGGGCGAGAGUGGGCGGUAACGCGGCCUGGCGCGCGACGCCGGAGGUGGAGCCCUCCCAGGCUCCCAGGCCUGCCGCCCCGCCCACGGGCGGGGGCGCUGCCGCGACCGCCGGCGCCCCGAGGAAAUGAGCCGGGCCGCCGCGCGCCGGGCCGCCCCCCGCCCCUCCGGCUGCCGGGCGGGCAGCCAGACUGGCGGCGCCUGAGGCGAGCGGCCGGGCACGGGAGAGGUCCGCGUCGCCCCGCGUCACCUCGCGUCACCCCGCCCCGCCUGCUUCCCAGAGCCCUGAGCCCCGCCCCGCGCGCAGGCGCACGGCGGCCUUUCGGGUCCGCCCUUUUUCGAGAUUUGAAUUUCCCCCUGCAAAGCGAGAGAAGCAAAAUACCCGGAUGGUGAUCGCUGGCCUUUUCGCGCCAAUGCUGUAAGUUCUCACAACAACCUUGAGAGGAAAAAGGCAGAACGGUCCUCCAGUGGUGCCAACCAAUCAGCAGACCCCCCACCUCCACUCAGGGCAAGGUCGCAGCAUCUGCGUCGGAAAUCACGGGGACUUCUUCCUGCUGGCUCAGCUGGGAGGCCAAGGAGUGUUUUGCACAAAACCUGUUUGUCUGAAUUCUGAAAUAACAGCAGAGGCGGCUGCUGUCUAGGGUUCCAGAUGAAGCCCGAGUCAGGGCAGGCGCUCUUCCACGUGGCCCUGGUCAGCUGCCUCUGCGCGGCCACCGUCCACAUGGGUGUUUUCUCAGGUGUCUCUGUCCAAGUGGGCUAUGAGCACUACGCUGAAGUGCCAGUUGCGAGCCUCCCUGCCUUCCUGGCCAUGCCCUUCAACUCGCUCGUUAAUGUAGCCUACGUGCUCCUGGGGAUAUACUGGCUGCAGAGGAAGGCCAGCGCCCCCGGGGGCCCCGCAGAGGCGCAGAGGGCUCACUACCUGAAGGACAUCUUCGCGGGCAUGGCCCUGGUCUAUGGCCCAGUUCAGUGGCUGCGCAUCGGGAUGCAGACGCACCCCACCGCUGUGCUGGACCAGUGGCUCACCUUGCCCAUCUUUGCGUGGCCGGUGGCCUGGUGCCUGUGCCUGGACAGGGGCUGGAAGCCCUGGCUGUUCCUGGCCGUCGAAGGUCUCUCCCUGUGCAGUUACAGCCUGGCCCUGCUGCACCCCCGUGGGUUUGAGUUGGCCCUGGGCAUGCACAUCACAGCCGCUGUGGGCCAGGCCCUGUGCACCCAGGGGCGCCACGGCAGUGCUUCCUCGGGAACGUACUUGGCUCUGGGCAUGCUCUCCUGCCUCGGCUUUGUGGUCCUCAAGCUGUGUGACCGUGAGCUCGCACAGUGGCGUCUCUUCCAGUGGCUCACGGGCCACUUCUGGUCCAAAGUCUGUGAUGUGCUCCAGUUCCACUUUGCCUUCUUGUUCCUGACCAACUUAAACACCUGCCAAAGACGCCCUCCUGCGGGGAAGAUGCAUUAAAGUGUGGAGAAAAGGUGCUUACGGCCACUGACCCCCCCAAUGUCAAAAUGCGCUAUCCAGCGGUACAGCUCUUUCAGAAUUUGUCUAGCAGGUUUCCUGGUCCACACUGGAAAACCCUAAUUAAAAAAAGAAAGAAAAAAAAGCAUUGUCCGAUGGCACUCUGUCAUCAGUGUUCAGUGUCCUGGGUGCAGUGAGAGAUGAUGAUUACAUAGACAAGUGUCCCUUCCUUUGAAGUUGGGCUUCAGUAUUACAGAUAUAAAUAUUCAAUAUUAUGAAAUGUUAUGCUGUCUACAACUUCCUUUCAAAGGGUUAAAGCAAAUAUCUAGGGGCCGGGGGUGUGGGGGUCCAUUUUACUAUUCUUGUAAUUUUUCUGUAGUUUGAAAUUUUUCACAAUAAAAUGUUGGGGGGAAAUGACCCCAAGAAACCCAUGAGACUUGCAGUUGGACAGAGAGUGGUUGUCUGCUUCAGGAUGUUGGCGACAAGCAUGGGCUGGUGACAGUGGGGCAGGCCAGGCCCUGGGGUUACCAGUGAGCCUCCCCAGAGGUAUCUGGCGUCAGGGAGACUGAGUCAUGUUAAACGCACGUGCCUAGCAGACCGAUGGGGAAGUCCAAAGGCCAGAGCACUAACUCAUUGUGACAUCUGCGACUGUCAAGCUGACAGCAGGUCACAUGGAAGCCAAGUCACCUCAGAUCCUUUGUAGAACAAGGCAGGGUACAGCUAGAUGA